GCCGUGGCGAGCAUGUUCGUACAUCCACCCGGGAUCAUCCGCGGAAAAGGAAGAAAAUCACAGGCUGUCAGAAAAGUUUUCCUGCGGGGAGAGGAUCGGGCUCGAUCGGGCACAGGACCGCCGGGGUAUCGAGCUCUCAGGAUUAUUAAUUGUCACAAUAAACUGUCUUCAUCAUGGACGCGCUAAAAUCCGCCGGGCGCGCGAUCAUUCGCAGUCCCAGUCUGGCCAAACAGUCGUGGACCUCUGGAAAACAUAAAAAGCUGCCAGAGAACUGGACAGACACGCGGGAGACGCUGCUGGAGGGGAUGGUCUUUCAGCUGAAGUAUCUGGGCAUGACGCUGGUGGAAGAACCCAAAGGAGAAGAGCUCUCAGCCGCCGCCGUCAAGAGAAUUGUCUCCACAGCUAAAGCUGGUGGGAAGAAGCUUCAGAAGGUGACGCUGAAGGUGUCUCCUCGAGGGAUUAUUCUCUAUGACAGCGUAUCAAACCAGCUAAUAGAGAAUGUGUCUAUAUACAGGAUAUCGUACUGCACGGCGGAUAAGAUGCACGAUAAAGUGUUCGCCUACAUCGCUCAGAGUCAGCGCAACGAAACGCUGGAGUGUCACGCGUACCUCUGCACCAAGAGGAAAGUGGCUCAGGCGGUGACAUUAACGGUGGCUCAGGCUUUCCGCGUGGCUUUUGAGUUUUGGCAGACUGCUAAAGAAGAGAAAGAGAAGCAGGUGAAGAGUGGAUCAGAUGGAGAGGCGGCCAGCAGCUCUCAGAGCGAGAGUUCAGCCAGUCUGGGCAGCACCAAAGGAGGAGAGGUGGCCACUGGGGAUCUACUGGACCUUGAAUGUGGAGUAAAAGAUCACUCAGGAAAAGAUGCCACACACCCGGCACAGAACCUCAGCACAGAGAACAACAACACUGUCUGGGAACUUGAGGAUUGUCUAGAUGAGGCUUUCUCAAGCCGCAGUCUGGAUAGUUUUGAGUCCAACACAGACUCGCUGAGUCUCGCACUAACCCCCAGAUGCUGGACAUUGGGGUAAACCCUCAGGACUACAACCCCGAAGAGUGCUUGUCGCCUAGCAACUGGGACAAAGCCGACGCCGAGGCCGCGGACGCCGAGGACGCGUUCGGGUUCUGACCGGGUUCUGAACGAUCUGAUAGAACGGCACACAAAGGGAACCGAGCUCGCUGCGCGCCCCACAGGCGCCCUCUGGCGGCCGGCUUUGAGAUGACAUGCAGUCCCAACCAGAUGAAUUCAACAAAAGCACAAACCAAAGCAAUAGUUUAUUAUUAUUAUUAUUAUUAUUAUUCAUUUUCAUUUUAUCACCCCCUCCCUCAAAUUACGUUUAAAUACAUUGACAUUUAAAGUGUUCUGUUACUUAAUUUUUUUUUUUUAAUGUGUAUGAUUAUAAAAUGUGUAUGACAGCUGUGUAAUAUUUGCUCAAUUGUUAUUUUAUUAUUUUUUAAUGGGUUCGAUUGCCGAGGCGAGCUUUGCGAUUCUAUGCAGUCUGAAUAUACAGGCCUAUACCGCGGGACCUUGGGGUACUAAGUGACACGAUGUUUGAGGCUUGUGUGGAGUUGGAUUGUGUUUAAGCGAUGAAGUGGUGAAGGUGUUUUAUACGCGAUAACGACGUGUGAUAACGAAUGGAUGAGCAAACAUAAAGCAUACAAUAAUGGACAAAAAAAAAGAAAAAGAAAUAGCAGGGUAUUUAAGUAUAGACAAUCUUAUUUUUUUCUAUUAAAAUGUAUUUUUGCACUUCUUUCUGUGUCUCUUUCUAAAGCUUGUGGUUUCAUUUCAGGAUCUUUUUGCUCAUGCUUAUUGUUCGUUCCUCAUCAGGUUACUAUUCCCAUCCAUUAAAGCACUAAGGAUGUCACAGUAUCAUGGUACUACUAAAUGUGUUUAAAAAGCAAAAAUGUCUUACCAUGGAUGUCCGUGGUAUGUUUUUAUGGAAAUGCUGAUCUUUUUUUAUAAUGUUACAUGUAUUCCUUUGCCCAAAAACAUACCUGAAUUAAUUUUAGGUUGAAUGAAAGUGUAGCAUAUAUAUUAGGAUCAUCACGAACAAGCAUUGAACUGAUGUUUACUGAUUUGAUUGAAAAUAAUGCAGAUAUUUUGUGCUCCACACUGACUCUGUAUUAAGGUUUUAUUACACUUCAUAAGUAGAAUUUAUAACACCCCAGUGUUAAUUUCUGUUUGCAUCAUUCAUUUCACGUUCGUUAAUUAAAACUUUAAUGAAAA